CUUGAUAAUGUUCGCGGGGGGUAAUGCAUACAUAAUCAUCAGCCGGUGUGGAUUGCCCAAGAUUUGCCUGCGAUCGCUCAUCUAGGUUGUGUUUUCUUUCCAUAUCAGCAGUUCUUGUCGUUUAAAGCGCUGUUUGCUGCUGUAGAACGAGCCAAAGCUAUGGAUACUGGGGAGAAAUGUCUGUAUGUCCUUGAGGACGUAAGAGCCAAGAUCUCGCUCUUGGAGAAGGCAAUUGAUGAAGUCGGCUCUGUUAAAAAGAGCUUGAAGAUUUCAGCUGCUGACGUCAAGGCGCAGAUCCGUGACAAUAUCAGCCGCCACCUUGAGGCCCUGCGGAACCGUGAGACCUGGCUCCUGAGUCAAGUGGAGGUGCUCCAGCAUGGAAAGGAAGAUGUCCUGCGUCUGCAGCAUGCGGAGCUGAACCAGGCUGUUGGUACUUUGAAGCAUGCCCUGGCUCUACUCCAGAAGAGUGAUGGAAAGUCAGAGCACAUUGAGGAGCAACUGAUGCACACCAUCCAGGCCAUGGAGAAGUUCAGCCUCCAACCAGAGGAGUCGGGCUUCAUCAGCUUCCGUGCACUCAACAUGGAGCUGCUAGACCAUAUCCGUAGGUUUGGCAUGGUCACUGCUGAUGACUCCCUCCAAGGGUCUCUGAUGGAGAUGAGCCUAGAUGGUGAUGUAGACGGGGGCAAGCGCAAGUACUCCACCCAGUCCGACUGUCAUCAGGACUACGUCGAUAUUAGCAAGUGGCUGAACAAGAUCCAGCUUGCAGAAGCUACCCACCACCUCAUGCCCAACAGUCCAUCAGUGAAGUUUGCCUACAUUGAAGAAUUGAAGAAGUCUGCGAUGAGCCAGUGGAUCAAGAACCUGCAAAAUCCCCCAGCUGAACUGCCAAAGUCCAAUCCCAUUACUGAGACCUACUCAAGGAUUGCAGCCCUUGGACCGGAGCACUGGCUGGCCUACAAGCAGCGCCAACAUGAUGAGCGCAGCCUGGCUGAGACCCUAAAAGAGCUUCAGAAAAUGAGAGACCUUCAGCCCGAGUUGUGGCUGAAGAGGACCAACAGGCAAGCACCACCAGAAGUUGUGUCCAUCCUGGGUGAGACCUAUGCCAAAAUUGCUGCUACUGGUCCUGAGAUGUGGCUGAAUAGAAACGAGGGUGAAGUCCCAGCUGAGGUGAAUUCAGUCCUUGGUGAGGCCUAUGCAAGAAUUGCUGCUACUCCUCCAGAGAUUUGGCUGAAGACAGUGAAGGGAAAUGCUGCAAAGGAGGAUUAUGCAACAAUUGCUGGUACUCCCUCUGAAAUGUGGGUGAUGAAGAUUCAUGGGGAGACGCCUGCUGUUCCUGAAUCCAACAAUGUCAAGGUCUUUGCCAAGAUUGCUGCCACAUCCCCGGAUAUCUGGCUAAAGAAGAAUCAGGUUUUGUCAUCUGAUACCAAGGCAUCUCCUGCAGAAGACUAUGCAAGAAUUGCUGCUACUCCCAUUGACCAGUGGCUCCAGCCCAAGCCAAGCUGCGGCAAGACAGAAGCCUGUGCCGAUUGCAAGUGUGUCUCUAUCAGCACUGAUAGUGACAUGGGAGAUGCAUCAGAUGCAGAUGAUUGGCUGAAUAUCAAGAAGGAAGAUGUUGUCUCAAUCGAGGAUCUUGACACCCUUCUUAACCCUCAGACCCCUAAGCCAUCGCCUUCACUGGUAACACCAGCUCACCAGCCAUGGAUUCUCCAGCCUGAUCCGGUCAAAGCUAGCCGUGUUCUUGAGGACAGUUCUGGCAUCAAAGGCUACAGUGACAUGCUCAACUCCCAACCCAUAAAAAACUGGCUCCACGACUGGACGAACAUCACUGAACCACUCCCCAGCAGUGGCUUCAAAGAGUACAUGGAUUCCCUUCCAGCCUCCUCCAACUAUUGGCUUGCCGGUGCCAAACCACGUGAUGACAUCUGCCUAUGGCUUGCACGCAGCUCCACCAAGCGCUGUAAGGAAUGUCCCAAGAGUUGCUCAAACGAUCUCUUCGGCAUGUUCCUAAAUGCACACUCCACUGGCAGUGAUGGGUGGCUGCUGAAACCCUCGACCUAAAUGCGUAUUUUCUUGGUGGUUUUACUUAACUUGUGGCUUUCCCUUUUAUCCUAUUUUUUCCAACACUACAGUCCUAAUUUUCUACAGACAGUGCUAAGCUUUUUUAAGACUGUAAAUUUUUCAGUUCAUGCUUUUCCACAUAUUUUGUACUAGACUGACCAAAGCCUUCUAAUUUUUUUGUCCAAUACACUGACAAAUUUGUGCAUGCCAUUGUCUGUAACAAUCAAGGCCACUGGAGCAUAUUAGAAAACAAAGCAAAACAAUGGAACAGGGCAAUCCCAUGCCUACACUUGUCAGUAUGCAGAAUUUGUGAGUUUCCUUGAUUUUCGAUUUUAUUUGUAUUUUGUACACCCUCAGCUAUGUUUUUAAUUUUGACCACAAGUUACGAAACCCAACAAAGGAACCGGAUUUGAUGAAGCCCCCAAAAAAGUUAGAAGCUUUGAAAAAGCUUAGAAAACGAACAUUAAAAAAAAAACAAAAAAAAGUUAUUGUAGUUUACAGUAUAGUCAUCGAAGUAUUUUCAGGUUUUUAUGAUUGCUUAUGAAGAUUGGUAAUGGUACAAUAAAACAAUAAGCAUUGAAAUCAA